AUGGGACCCGCGGGGCGUCGCCCCUGCUCGUCGCGAUGCCCCCUGCGGGACCCGCGGGGCGCCGUCAGAUCCUGCAGCAGCAGCUGCCGCCAGGCCUUCAGCAGCAAGCCGCCGCCAGGGUCUGCAGCAGCAGCCGCCGCCAGAGCCUGCAGCAGCAGCCGCCGCCAGGGUCUUCAGCAGCAGCCGCCGCCAGGGUCUGCAGCAGCAGCCGCCGCCAGACCUGCAGCAAACUGCCGCCACCGACCCAGCAGCAGCAGCCGCCGCUCUAUCAGCAGCGGCAGCCGCCGCCGCUCUGCCGCAGCAGCUACCGCCCGCCCAGCUGCAGGUGCCGCCCCUGGACCCCAGAAGCCGCCCCUGGACCCGGUACGCCCUGUGCUGCCCGUGCCUGUGCUGCCCGUGCCUGUGCUGCCCGUGCCUGUUGCUACCCGUGCCUGUGCUGCCCGUGCCUGUUGCUGCCCGUGCCUGUGCUGCCCGUGCCUGUGCUGCCCGUGCCUGUUGCUGCCCGUGCCCGUGCUGCCCGUGCCUGUGGCUGCCCGUGCCUGUGCUGCCCGUGCCUGUUGCUGCCCGUGCCUGUGCUGCCCGUGCCUGUUGCUGCCCGUGCUUGUGCUGCCCGUGGCCUGUGCUGCCCGUGCCUGUGCUGCCCGUGCCUGUGCUGCCCGUGCCUGUUGCUGCCCGUGCCUGUGCUGCCCGUGCCUGUGCUGCCCGUGCCUGUGCUGCCCGUGCCUGUUGCUGCCCGUGCCUGUGCUGCCCGUGCCUGUUGCUGCCCGUGCCUGUGCUGCCCGUGCUGUGCUGGCCCCGUGGCCUUGUGCUUGCCCGUGCCUGUGCUGCCCGUGCCUGUGCUGCCGUGCCUGUGCUGCCCGUGCCUGUGCUGACCGUGCUUGUGCUGCCUGUGCCUGUUACUUGACCGUGCCUGUGCUGCCCGUGGCCUGUGCUGCCCGUGCCUAUGCUGCCCGUAGCCUGUGCUGCCCGUGCCUGGGCUGCCCGUGCUGUGCCUGCCCGUGCUGGCUGCUGCCCGUGCCUGUGCUCCCGUGCCUGUUGCUGCCCGUGCCUGUGCUGCCCGUGCCUGUGCUGCCCGUAGCCUGUGCUGCCCGCGGCCUGUGCUGCCUGUGCCUGUUGCUACCCGUGGCCUGUGCUGCCCGUGCCUGUGCUGCCCGUGCCUGUGCUGCCCGUGCUUGUUGCUGCCCGUGCCUGUGCUGCCCGUGCCUGUGCUGCCCGUGCCUGUGCUGCCCGUGCCUGUUGCUGCCCGUGCCUGUGCGGCCCGUGCCUGUGCUGCCCGUUAGCCUGUGCUGCCCGUGGCUGUGCUGGCCGUGCCUGUGCUGCCCGUGCCUGUUGCUGCCCGUGCCUGUGCUGGCCCGUGCCUGUGCUGCCCGUGCCUGUGCUGCCCGUGCCUGUUGCUGCCCGUGCCUGUGCUGCCCGUGGCCUGUUGCUGCCCGUGCCCUGUGCUGCCCGUGCCUGUGCUGCCCGUGCCUGUGCUGCCCGUGCCUGUGCUGCCCGUGCCCUGUGCUGCCCGUGCCUGUGCUGCCCUGCCUGUGCUGCCCGUGCCUGUGCUGCCCGUGCCUGUGCUGCCCGUGCCUGUGCUGCUGUGCCUGUUACUGCCCGUGCCUGUGCUGCCCGUGCCUGUGCUGCCCGUGCCUGUUGCUGCCGUGCCUGUGCCUGCCCGUGCCUGUGCUGCACGUGCCUGUGCUGCCCCGUAGCCUGUGCUGCCCGUGCCUGUGCUGCCCGUGCCUGUGCUGCCCGUGCUUGUUGCUGCCCGUGCCUGUGCUGCCCGUGCCUGUGCUGCCCGUGCCUGUGCUGCCCGUGCCUGUUGCUGCCCGUGCCUGUGCUGCCGUGCCUGUGCUGCCCGUGCCUGUGCUGCCCGUGCCUGUGCUGCCUUGUGCCUGUGCUCUGCCCGUGCCUGUGCUGCCCGUGCCUGUGCUGCCCGUGCCUAUGCUGCCCGUGCCUGUGGCUGCCCGUGCCUGUGCUGCCCGUGCCUGUGGCUGCCCGUGCCUGUUGCUGCCCGUGCCUGUGCUGCCCGUGCCUGUGCUGCCCGCCUGUGCGGCCCGCUGCCUGUGCUGCCUGUGCCUGUUGCUGCCCGUGCCUGUGCUGCCGUGCCUGUGCUGCCCGUGCCUGUGCUGCCCGUGCCUGUUGCUGCCCGUGCCUGUGCUGCCCGUGCCUGUGCUGCCCGUGCCUGUGCUGCCCGUGCCUGUUGCUGCCCGUGCCUGUGCUGCCCGUGCCUGUUGCUGCCCGUGCCUGUGCUGCCCGUGCCUGUGCUGCCCGUGCCUGUGCUGGCCGUGCCUGUGCUGUGCCGUGCCUGUUGCUGCCCGUGCCUGUGCUGCCGUGCCUGUGCUGCCCGUGCCUGUGCUGCCCGUGCCUGUUGCUGCCCGUGCCUGUGCUGCCCGUGCCUGUGCUGCCCGUGCCUGUGCUGCCGUGCCUGUGCUGCCCGUGCCUGUGCUGCCCGUGCCUGUGCUGCCCGUGCCUGUGCUGCCCGUGCCUGUGCUGCCCGUGCCUGUGCUGCCUGUGCCUGUUACUGCCCGUGCCUUGUUGCUGGCCCGUGCCUGUGCUGCCCGUGCCUGUUGCUGCCCGUGCCUGUGCUGCCCGUGCCUGUGCUGCCGUGCCUGUGCUGCCCGUGCCUGUGCUGCCCGUUGCCUGUGCUGCCCGUGCUGUGCCUGUGCUGCUGCCGUGCUUGUGCUGCCCGUGCUGUGCUGCCCGUGCCUGUGCUGCCCGUGCCUGUGCUGCCCGUGCCUGUGCUGCCCGUGCCUGUGCUGCCGUGCCUGUGCUGCCGUGCCUGUGCUGCCCGUGCCUGUGCUGCCUGUGCCUGUUACUGCCGUGCCUGUGCUGCCCGUGCCUGUGCUGCCCCGUGCCUAUGCUGGCUGCCCGUGCCUGUGCUGCCCGUGCCUGUGCUGCCCGUGCCUGUGCUGCCCGUGCCUGUGUGCUGCCCGUGGCCCGUGUGUGCUGCCCGUGCCUGUGCUGCCCGUGCCUGUGCUGCCCGUGCCUGUGCUGCCCGUGCCUGUGCUGCCCUGUGCCUGUUGCUGCCCGUGCCUGUGCUGCCGUGCCUGUGCUGCCCGUGCCUGUGCUGCCCGUGCCUGUUGCUGCCCGUGGCCUGUGCUGCCCGUGCCUGUGCUGCCCGUGCCUGUGCUGCCCGUGCCUGUUGCUGCCCGUGCCUGUGCUGCCCGUGCCUGUUGCUGCCCGUGCCUGUGCUGGCCCGUGCCUGUGCUGCCCGUGGCUGUGCUGGCCGUGCCUGUGCUGUCCGUGCCUGUUGCUGCCCGUGCCUGUGCUGCCCGUGCCUGUGCUGCCCGUGCCUGUGCUGCCCGUGCCUGUUGCUGCCCGUGCCUGUGCUGCCCGUGCCUGUUGCUGCCCGUGCCUGUGCUGCCCGUGCCUGUGCUGCCCGUGCCUGUGCUGCCCGUGCCUGUGCUCUGCCCGUGCCUGUGCUGCCCGUGCCUGUGCUGCCUGCCCGUGCCUGUGCUGCCCGUGCCUGUUGCUGCCCGUGCCUGUGCUGCCCGUGCCUGUGCUGCCCGUGCCUGUGCUGCCC